GCCUCACGUCCUCUGUCUUAUCUCUGUCAGGAGUUAACGUCCAUCAUCAGAUACUGUCUGGUGGAGGCUGAGAAACGUCAGAUGACAUCGUUGUCCUUCCCAGCCAUCGGGACAGGACACAUGAGCUUCCCCAGAGCCCUGGUGUCCAAACUCCUGCUGAGGGAGAUCCGCUCGUACAGCAGCAGCAGAAACCCUCGCUGUCUGAGAGAGGUGGUCAUCGUCGUUCACCCCAGUGACAGCCAAACCGUGGAUUGUUUCACCAGAGAGUUCACCGGUCAGAGGAACGUCCAGCGCGAACGGCAUGAUUUUAAUGAGCCACCAGUUCAACAGCCUGUCAGCCAAUCACAACACUCCUCAGCCACUUUUGGCCCAGUUUUGUCCACCUCCCUCGGUGUGUACCAGAUGCAGAUGGGUCAGCUCGCCUUAGAGGUGUCGUCAGGUGACAUCACCAAAGAGACCAGUGAUGUCAUUGUCAACUCGUCCAAUCAGACCUUUAACCUUAAAGCAGGAGUGUCAAAGGCGAUCUUGGACGGCACUGGAAUAACAGUGGAGCGAGAGUGUGCGCAGCUCGUGAGUUCCAUGGCUCAGCCUCCUGCAAUGAUCCUGACAUCAGCCGGGCAGCUGCCCAGCAGGAACAUCAUGCACGUCAUCGGCCAGAACGACCCUGCAAACAUUAAAAACAUGGUUUACUCAGUGCUGAAGUUCUGCGAGGAGAACAAGUUCAGCUCUGUGGCCUUCCCUGCCCUGGGAACAGGUCAGGGAGGGGCCAGCCCUUCAGCGGUGGCUGAUGCCAUGGUGGAUGCAGUGGUGGAGUUUGUGAGGAAGAAACAGCCGAGGUUUGUUCAGAGUGUGAAGAUCCUGAUCUUCCAGACGGCCAUGCUGAACGAUUUCCACAUGAGCAUGAAGAAGAGACAGGGAGAGACGGUGGAGGAGAGGAGUGUCUUUGGCAAAUUCAAAGCAUCAGUCCGCCAGUUCAUGUCAGGUCUGGUAUCCGGGUCGGCUCAGUCCAGCUCUGUUGACUUAGUUCUGGAGAGGGAAGAGUUCGAGCCCACAGUGUUUCAGCUGUGUGCCGACGACAACAAGGCUCUGAGUCAGGCCAAGAAAAGGAUUAAUGACCUGAUUCUGGCUGAGCAGGCACAGAAAACCAUCUCUGACCCGUUCAUUAGUCAGCUGUCACAGGCUGACAUGGAGGAGCUGAAGGCUCUGCAGAGGAAACUGACGGUCAGCAUCCGUCUGGACAAAGGAGCAGAAGACCAGGACCCCGAGAUCCACCUGGAGGGUCUGACCAGAGACGUGUUCACUGCUGAGUCUGCACUUAGGGACAUCAUCCGGAAAGUGGAGAGGGCGGAGAACUCAAAGAGACAGGCUUUGUUAGUGAGCAGUCUGGUAGAAUGGCAGUAUCCAGGCCGCAGUGGCUCAAUGGUGCCGUUUGAUAUUUACACCAACCUCAAACUGGAGGAGGCGCUAGAGAAGAAACAAAAGGUGAAGAUCAAGAUCAACAAUGAAACGUACACCGCUGAUCCAGGCCUUAGAAAAGCAAAUUCAGCAAAGAAGCCUCCUAUGGAGCUCUUUCGGAAAGAGGUGAAGGAUGACACUGCUCUGCCUCUGCCUUCUUGUUGGGAGGACAUGAAAGGAGACCUUGUGAAGUUGUUUGCUCUGACUCGAGGAUCUCAGGAAUACAACAACGUGGAGCAGGAACUGACAAAGAAUCGACUUCAUGUUAACAUCAUCAGUAUUGAACGGGUCCAAAAUCCAACACUGUGGCAGAACUACCAGAUCCUGAAGAAGCAAAUGGAGGCAAAGAAUAAACAUAAAAACAACGAAAAGCUUCUUUUUCAUGGCACCAGGGCUAAAUCUGUCGAUCUCAUCAACGACAAAGGCUUCAACCGCAGCUACGCAGGAACAAACGGUGCAGCAAUCGGCAAAGGUUCUUACUUUGCUGUGAACCCAAACUAUUCAGCACAAGGCUACGCCAGCCCUGACGCCAGUGGACACAAGCGCAUGUACCAGGCCAAGGUUCUUGUUGGAGAAUACACCCAAGGAAACAGUGGCAUGAUCACCCCUCCAGCCAAAUCUGGGAGCGCUUCAGACCUGUAUGACAGCGUCACAGAUAACAUGUCGAAUCCAACCAUGUUUGUGGUCUUCAAUGAUAUCCAGGCCUACCCAGAAUACCUUAUAACAUUUACAUGAGCUGCCACCACUGUGCAACAUUUCUGAGAAAAAAAUAAUUAUGUUUGUUCUGACUGUUCAUUCUUUAA